AUGGAUGUAAUUCAAGAGCUCAAUAGAAAAAAUAAUUCGUUUGGAAAACCUCAUCCUAAGACACAAUUUACAUCUGUUGAAGAUGCAAGGUUAAAAAAGUAUGUUCACUUAUACGGUGAUACUGAUUGGAAUUUAAUAUCGAAAAUGAUGAUUACACGUAAUCCUAGACAGUGCAGGGAGCGAUGGAACAAAUUCCUAUCUAAUUCCAUCAAUAAAGAGCCAUGGACAGAAGAGGAAAACACUUUAUUGAUUAAGAAAUAUAAAGAACUUGGUCCAAAAUGGAUGAAAAUUUCACGCUACUUUAAUGCUAGGACUGAUGUGUAUCUGAAGAAUAGGUGGAAUAUUAUCAUGAGAAAAGAGAAAUUAAAACAAAAACAAGAAUUAUUAGAGAAAGCACUUCAGGAAAAAAGAGAAAAAGAAUUUUUCCAAGUACUGGAUGAGAAAUUCGAGUGUACGGAUUUUUGUGAAUUAUUUGAUCCGAAUACAAAUGCUGUGGACCAAGAGCAGCUAAGUAAUGCUUUUCGAAUGUGA